UCGUUGUGCGAACAUUUCUGGUUAGUGUUAGACCUUAUAAAUAACGGAGAAUCUCGCUGGAAUAUAACGGAAUUAUAUUUACGUGCUUCAAGUUGUUGACUAGAAGAUUUUUCACCAUGUUGAUGAAAGAGUUCCGAGUGUGCAUGCCGCUGACUGUUGAAGAGUAUAAUAUUGGACAACUGUACAUGAUUGCAAAGCACAGUCAUGAACAAAGUGAAAAGGGUGAAGGUGUUGAAGUUAUUAAAAAUGAACCUCAUGAAGACCCCAAACACGGUACUGGAAGGUAUACAGAAAAACGAAUACACCUCUCAAAUCGGCUUCCUAGUUGGGUACGCGCAGUAAUUCCAAGAAUAUUUUACAUCACAGAAAAAGCUUGGAAUUAUUAUCCAUAUACAGUGACAGAUUUUACAUGUUCCUUUUUACCUAGGUUCUUAAUUCAAAUAGAAACUAGAUACGAAAAUAAUAACGGAUGCAGCGAAAAUUGUCAUGAUCUCACAGAAGAAGAGUUGGCUGAGAGGGAGGUUUUGCAUCUAGACAUUGCAUACGAUGAACUACCUGAAAAGCAUUAUAAAGAAAAAGAG